AUGGCUUCUCCCGUUCAUUUCCUCCGUUCCCCUUUGGCUCCCUCUCCUUCACUAAGUUACCCUGGAAAGAAUUGCUUGCAUCCGCUGGCAGUGAAUGGAAACUGUAACAAUGUGGUCUCCUCCACUGCUGCUGCUAGAAAACUCAACGGUGCUGGUUUUAAGGGGUUGGGCAGAAACAACAGAAGUGGUAGAACUAAUAGAGCCUCUGUGAUUUCUGGGGAAGGCGAUCUUCUGUCUUUCCCCAGAAAGGAUACACAAGGUAUCUUUGACACUGAUAAUGUGACGAACUCGCUUUCUGGGAUUGAGUUGCAACCUGAUGCUGUAGAUUUCGCAACUCUCUCUGCUGAGUUAACCCCCACCAGGACUAGUUUUUCCCCUGAUAAUGAUGAAUAUGACUUGGAUCGUCCUACCGAAGGCUUUAGCUCCAUCCCUGAUGCUAUUGAGGAUAUCCGCCAGGGCAAGUUUGUGAUCGUGGUUGACGACGAGGAUAGGGAGAAUGAAGGUGACCUGAUCAUGGCAGCUUCGAAGGCAACACCUGAAGCAAUGGCAUUCAUUGUCAAGCAUGGAACUGGGAUAGUUUGUGUGAGCAUGAAAGAUGAAGAUUUGGAGAGGCUGCAGCUGCCUCUGAUGGUAUCCACCAAGGAAAACGAGGAAAAGCUUUGCACAGCUUUUACAGUGUCAGUUGAUGCCAAAGUUGGCACAUCAACCGGUGUUUCAGCCCGUGACAGAGCGACAACUAUAUUGGCUCUUGCUUCUAAGGAUUCCAAACCAGAAGAUUUUAACCGUCCGGGUCAUAUUUUUCCUCUCAAGUAUAGGGAGGGAGGGGUUCUGAAGAGAGCUGGUCAUACUGAAGCUUCUGUUGAUUUAUCGGUGCUUGCUGGGUUGGAACCUGUUGCAGUUUUGUGUGAGAUUGUUGAUGAUGAUGGCUCUAUGGCCAGACUACCCAGAUUGAGAGAGUUUGCAAAAGCAGAGAAUCUAAAGAUAGUCUCUAUAGCUGAUCUUAUAAGAUUCAGGAGGAAAAGAGACAGAUUAGUGGAGCUGUCUGCUGCUGCUCGGAUACCAACCAUGUGGGGACCAUUCAAAGCCUAUUGUUACAGGUCGUUGAUUGACGGAAUUGAACAUAUUGCCAUGGUUAAAGGUGAAAUUGGGGAAGGAAAGGAUAUCCUUGUUCGAGUGCAUUCCGAGUGUCUGACAGGUGACAUAUUUGGUUCAGCAAGAUGUGAUUGUGGCAGUCAGCUAGCGCUUGCUAUGAAGCAAAUAGAAGCAGCUGGUAGAGGUGUGUUGGUGUAUCUCCGUGGACACGAAGGUAGAGGUAUCGGUUUGGGCCAUAAGCUUCGUGCUUACAACCUCCAGGAUGAUGGACGUGAUACAGUUGAAGCCAAUGAAGAGCUCGGUUUACCAGUCGAUUCCCGUGAAUAUGGCAUUGGUGCACAGAUACUCAGAGACCUUGGUGUUCGCACGAUGAAGCUGAUGACAAACAAUCCCAAAAAAUACAUUGGCCUCAAAGGAUAUGGUCUCUCGGUUGCUGGAAGAGUCCCAUUGAUUACUCCAAUCACAACAGAAAAUCGGAGAUACCUGGAAACCAAGAAACAAAAGAUGGGUCACAUCUAUGGUCCUGAUAAUGGCCAUUCCAAUGGAACCCCAGAAGAUCGUCUGUUGGAGGCAUAG